AAUGCCAAUUCAAAAGCAUAAACCACCUUUACGAUUUCAACCUUAUCAAGUAUUAACUCAACAACAAAGAAUUCAAAAUAUUCAAAAGAAUAAUGUAUCAUGUUCAGAAACUGUCAAUAAUUUAAUUCAGAUUACGCAAGUAAAUAAUGAAUUAAAUCAAUUAAAAAAAGAACUUGAACAACAUAAAAAAGAAAAAAGCCAAUUAAUUGAA